AUGAUUAUCCUUCCCGAUACACCUCCUUUGGCUAAAUCACAUACUUUUAGUACGGGAGUUUUGAAUCCUCAAUUGAUAUCUACAAGAGCCUCAUUCGUUACCAGUGCUACAAGAAACAGUAACGAGCUUGUAAGAGAUGUUGUUAAACUUGAAGAAUAUCUUCAAGAUUUGUUCAAAUAUGCUAAUUCUGAAUCAGCUUCUAACGAUAUGUCCAAAAUAAUACAAUUCUGCUGCAACUACACAAUUUCUGAUUCAGGAAAGCUCCCUUGGACAAAUAUAUAUGUCGAUAACCCCAAAGAACCAAAGAAAAAUGUACUUGGGAAAGUUAUAAAAAGUAAGAGUACUAAUAUCCAGUGGAGCUUAAUGAAUGAGAUAGAAGCAGUUAUUAUUGGAAUAAGUUUAAUAUAUACAAGACUAGGUUCUGUAUUAGUAAAUGAAUUGAUAGAAGUUGACCCCACAAGUGAACUGAAUGAUGAAACAAACGAAAAAUGGAAACAAGUUAGUAACUAUUAUAAGAAAUCCCUAUCGUUUUUAUCUUUCGGAAAGAUAGUACUGUCUACUUUUAAUCCUCUGGGCAAUUGUUUCAAUUCAUUUCUUUAUUCCCUAUUAGAUAAGAUAAACAAUAUAUGCAUUCAGAUGUCUAUUUUAUCAAAAUCUUCAUGGAUUAAUCGGAACUAUUAUAAUGAAACUGAGAAUUUUAAAACCAAAAACAAUGGAAUGCUAAGCAAAGUUGCAAUAUAUGUUGUAACUGAAUUAAGAGAUUGCCAAAACAUGUUAUACAAUCUUCAUACUAAUCAAGAAGGAUCAAUCAACCUCCAAUAUAAAAACUGGAAGGAAUACCUUAGUGUGAUAGAAAAAUAUGCUACAGCCUAUGCAAGUCUAUUUUUAUCCAUUGAAAAGUAUCAGCAAGAUAGCUUGGGUAAUGCAAUAGGAUUAAUAAACUUUGGGCUUUUAAGCUUGCAAAGUAAGAACCUCAAUGAGGUCAAACCUAAACAGGGAAAACUACUUACUAAAUUCAAGUCAAAAGUUUCAGUUCGUAAAAAUGAACAAUAUAUUAAGGAUUUGCAGUCAAUAACCACUUUAAAUAUUGAUAAAUCAUUGUUUCAAGAAUCUUCAGGUAUAAUAUUGAAGGAUUUGACAUUUUUAUUUGAUCAAUUAAUUCAGUUACACCUUAAAUUUACAAAAGAGAAUAACAACAUAAAGUUUGAUACAAUAUCAGCCUGGAAAGAUAUUGAUAAAGAUUCAAAGUGGCCCCUUGGCUGCAGCAUACCUAGCAGCAGUGUAAAACCAUAUGAGCCUUUUGGUGAAUCAUUGAACCUGAAUUCGACCGAUGAGUACUCAGGAAGGGGGGCUUAUUAUUAG